AUGAUCGUCGCCGCGCUGGUGGAGAUGAAGAGGCUCGGGAUAGCAGCAGAUCAUGGCAUCCUGGAUGAGCCUGAUGCCGUUGUUCCUAUGAGCUUGCUGUGGGUGGUUCCCCAGUUCCUCCUGGCAGGCUUGACCAGCGUGUUUGCGUAUGUUGGCCUGCUGGAGUUCUUCUACGACCAGGUGCCGGACUCCCUCCGGAGCCUGGGCGUAGCUCUGUGCAUCAGUAGCUUCCUUGUGUACGCCAUUGACAGGGUGACCAGCAGCAAUGGGGGGAGCUGGUUCUCCAACAACCUCAACAGGGGCCAUCUUGAUUACUUCUUCUGGUUUCUGGCUGCCCUCGGUGCCUUGGCCUUCUCUGCUUACCUGCACUUUGCAAAGGCUUAUGUCGAAAAGAAAAAAGAUUAUUCAGUUUUGGUACAAUGA